AUGGCUUCAGUCGGGUUUUCGCCAGGUCUGGCCCUCGCGUCAUUUCUUUCUCUUUCUCUUACUCGCUCUACGACCCUCGCACGACUCUCGUUCUAUUUCUCAAUUCCAGCUCGUCUCCCGCAUCCGAAAUUCAUUUGGCGACUGUCAUUUUCUUGUUUCCUACUUUCUUUCCCUGUUUGCAUUGACUGGCUCCAGAUGCCCAUGCUCUGGUUACAAUGCGCCCCCAUCGUCGCUCGUCGCCCUGGUCGGCUCACCACCUACGUUCUCAUGACUCUCGCCUCGCUCCUUCGCAUCAUCUCCAUGUCGACGCCUAGGAUAUCCCCACUAUCGUCGCCGUUCGUUCUCGCCUCUCAGUUACCCGAAGCUCUUGUUCUAUCCUUAGAGCAGUCUUUGUUCAUCACGAAAGACCGCGCCCACUAA